AUGUCGACCCUGUGGAAGCUGCUUCGGGACAAGAAGAUGCGCAGGCGAACAAGCCGACUCAAGCCGAUGCUGUCGCCAAGCCACAAGGAGCAGCGUUUGGAGUUUGUCAGCGGUUUCGUCCGUCAGCAAGAUCGCGGCGGCUACAAGUGGCACGACAUGAUGGACAGGGUCCACAUUGAUGAGAAGUGGUUCUACGUGACGAAGAUGAACCGACGUUACUUCCUGUGGACCGAUGAGGACGUACCGGAGCGCAAGUGCCAGUCGAAACGACACAUCCAAAACGCCCCGCUACGACUUUGGACGGCACACCUGUGGGACGGGAAGCUGGGCACUUGGGCGUUUGUGGAGACCCAGUCUGCUAAACGAACAAGCAAGAACCGUGAGCGAGGAACGCCAGUGACGACCCCUGUUACCGUCACGAAGCCGUUGUACCGGCGGUAUCUGUUGGAGCACGUGUUCCCGGCGAUUCGCGCGCAGUGGCCGGGUCCACGGAGCAAGCCCAUCUACGUGCAGCAAGACAAUGCUAGGCCCCACGUGAGUGUCAACGACCCCGACGUACUUGCUGCUGGUCGCCUUGGCGGAUGGGAUGUUCGUCUGACGUCGCAGCCCCCGAUGAGCCCGGACUUCAAUGUCUUGGACCUAGGCUUUUUCAAUGCAAUUCAAGCUCUACAGCACCAGAAGGUUACCCGUUGUGUCGACGAUCUCAUUGCGGCUGUCAUGGACGCGUUCGUCGGUUUGGAUUGGAAGGUGUUGGACAAGACCUUUGUGACGCUACAGAAAGUCAUGGAAGAGGCGUUCAAGAUCAACGGUGACAAUGCUUACAGGCUUCCUCAUCUCAAGAAGGACAAAACGUACAAGGAAAGUGGUCAGAUACUGCGACUCAACUGCGAUGAACAUGUGUGCUCUGCGCUCGAUGCCAUGGAUCGGCGCUUUGAGAAAACUCCGACUUAG